CGCUCGGUUAGACACAGUUAAAGUUCGACUCUCGUCAAAGAUACAAGAUACUCGUGCAGAUUCGCUUCCUUUCGAUCAGUGAAAUACAUACAUCAUCGCUCAAAAUGUUUAAGUUCGUUGCCGUGUUGAGCUGCCUCGUGGCGAUCAGUUUGGCCAUGCCAGCUGUGGAGGUCUCGCAGCCGAUUGCAUCCCAAGAGUCCCAGGACAGUCCGGCCGUGCUGGUGGUAGCGGCGGAGGACGAUCUGGCCGGUGCUGAGACGGCCCACCACGGAUAUGGCGGAUACGGUGGAUACGGAGGCUAUGGCGGUGGCUUCGGAGGCUAUCCUUAUGGAGGAUACGGAGGUGGCUUCGGCGGUGGCUACGGAGGAGGCUUCGGCGGAUUCGGUGGAGGCUAUGGCGGAUACGGAGGAUACGGACAUGGUCACCACCAUCACCAUCACGGAUAAGGGAUGAGAUCUACGACUUCU